AUGGUUUCGAACGAGCAGCCAGCCCCAGAGGCGAGGGAGCAGCAGCCAGCACCGUCGGUCCCCACGAUCGCAUUGAACCCAAGCUCUCCAGUUUCCUCUGCAAAUCACGAAAAUGCAGGAGCCAUUCCUCUGACUCCUAUCAAGAAGUCUCAGCUACGUCCUCCCUCAACCUCCCGGCCAUCCACUGCAGCAUCAAUUGCAGCCGACACAACCUCACAGCCGGCAAAGGCUGGCUUUGCUCACCGGGAAGGAAUCGUCGGCGGCGGGUCAAAUACCGGGACCACCGUCGAUGUUGUCGCGAUACCUUACCCAGGGGCAGAUUAUCUGAGCACUUGGACGCGAGACUACAACCUGCGACCAAGCUUUGAUAAUAGUCCGCCUACCGAGCUGAGUGGCAUUUCGAGAGGCAUUGCCGAAGCAAGCCUUGUACAUCCAGCCAUGAACACCAUCCCGAGCAAGCUCCCGUUGUCGUGGAUCCUCCAAGGUAUCAAGAAGCGGGCGAAGAUCGCGCGUAUUCUGCUCUAUCAGCAUGCAGCACUCCAAGACAAUACGCAACUCAGUGACCUCGCAGAUGACCUGCUUCGAUGCCUACAUGCCGAGAGAGCAAACCUGACAAAAUCCCGCCCUCUCUUCUUCAUUUGUCACGGUGUAGGUGGACUUGUUGUAAAAUUUGCCAUGGCCAAGGCGAGUCGAAACCAGCAGUACGCCUCAAUACUUAAUGAUUGUUAUGGGAUCAGCUUCUUUGCAACUCCUCAUCUCGGUUCGAGCUACUUGUGGAUGCGACACUUUGCUCCGAGCAUCCAAAAAACGCUUGGCCUCUCCGAUCCCUUUCCACCUUCGCUUUCGAACCAACUUGAUGUGAACUAUCCUCUUCUAUUAUUGAUCAACGACGAAUUCAAGCUCUUGUCAAGCGAAAUGCGGAUAUGGACUUUCUACGAGACGCAGGACACACAGCUGUCCGGUGCUAGGAUGCCUGGUGCGCCAACCAAGGUUCACUUCAAUGCCCCGAUUACCUCCAUCAAGUCCGCUAUUCUCAAUGUACGCCAAGAGCACAUAUACCCACUUCUCAGCACUCAUGCGAAUUGUGCAUCUUUCGGUAGCCACAACGUCCAGACGAUGAAGCUGUAUCUCAAGGACCUCGGCCUGGCUAUCGGCAUGGCUCAUCAACAAUGCUCCAUCGCGCACUGUCCUCUGGAAUUGGAGCAGAAAGUAAACAUUGAGGUCCACGGAUUCUACACUGACGAGUCCUCGUCCACGCUCGUGAGGCCAUGGUCGACCCUGUAUCCCCUGAACAAAUUUCUCGAACAAGGGCUGAGCUGGUGCCUGAGCCAGAGACUGGAGGAGGUCCACGCUGCGCCAACAAUGAACCAAUUUCUGGCUACUUCUACGCGUGGGACUUCCCUGACUACAACCCGAACCAAGUUCAACUCCUACGAGGAGAUCAGCCCGCCACCCAAGUCCAAAGGCCCUUUUCGGAAGAGGUCACCUGCGCGCAACCCUCGAAUGAACCCGAUAAGUAUUCUGAAACAUACCGAGGAGAAUCGCAGAAGUCUCGACAACCUGGCAUUGAUAUCGCCAACCUCUCUCCAGGAGGCUGCUACAUCUCCAGAUGUUAGCCACACGCACGUCGGCCAAGGCGGAAUUCCGAACACGGCACCCUUAUCUCCAGCAAGGGUGCCAUCGCCGGAUUUGUAUUCGCGAUCUGCAAGGCGUGCUUCCACAGCCUCUGCAUAUACGCCUCCAAUAAGCGAGGAAGCCGAGGAGAAUCAUUAUAUGGGUCCUCACUCGUCACAGAGGCCGAAUGACAAGCGGCCAACGGCCCACCGGCGAUUCAGCGAGCAUCCUUUUCAUUCCAGCGACAACAUCACGACGGGGCAUAUGGAGAGCGUCAGGGAAUCAGCGAGGCCUCAAGAUUCGCAAGGCUACUUCUCUCUCCCCGAUCCCAAGCAGCAGAGAUUUGUAUGGGUGCAUCUGCAGUACACCAACCCGGCAUGGGUCAAGAAAGUCUUUGGCCGUCUAUCCGUUGACCUCAAAAGCAACUUUGAAGAUGCUUUCAACCACGAGCACUGGUCGUCUCGCCAUGCAAGAGGCCGGCACUCGCAGCACCACGCAUGUUUUGUGAAGCCUGCGUUUGGUCACAUCCCGAGCCGAGAUGGCCAAGCAAACGCCCAAUCUCCGAAUCAUGCCCAACCACGCCCGUCACCCAACUUGGACUGUGUGUAUCUCUUCAUACCCUACCUGCAUUUCGACUCGUACAAGUGCCUAGUGCGCCGCCGAGAGAUGAUCAAAGCCCGCCUCAAGCACCAACGCACGCGGCCAGUCCCGUCCUCCGUGUCUCGCGAGCCAUCCGCCGAGCUGCGCGUGAUCUGGGAGUAUCUCGGCCACGACCUCCCGAUCAACUGCCGCAGAACCCUCGACCAGUACGGCUAUCCCUCUCUCCACGACACCAGAGCUCGGGACGACGACCAGAUGUUGUACAAGAUGACAAAGGAGCGGUUCAACGAAGAGGGCAUAUUGGAAUCCGAUCAGUACGAGGCCAGGCCCGCUUAUCGCGUCAACACUGGACAAAGCGUGGCGGACCAAGUCCCGGAGGAUGACGAUGACGACGGGGAUGACACAGCCCCUGAAAGCGACGCUGAGGAUGCUGAAUGGAAACCAUUGCAACAUGAGGAUGUUUUGGACGGCAAUGUUUUGAUGGUGGAUCAGCUCUGGAUGUGGGUUAUCGACAGUAAAACGGUCGUCACAUUCUUCCCAAAAAGGGAGUCCAAUCCAGCUGAGGGUCCUAUGUUUCAGCAGGCAGACCUUCGUGAUAGCAUUUUCAACGAAGUCAAUGCGGAUCUCACGCGCAACUGCGAAAACGGGUUGGACCUCGCUGCCCUGUGCGCCCUCCACGCGGUGACGGUGUUGAUGGAGAAGUCCUCACAUCCGGAUUUGGAGAUAUUCCGCAUCUUUGAAGAGGCCGUGAGCAUAUUGACAGAGAGAUUGACCACUUCUCUCAAACGCUUCAGAACACAGGGCUUCCGGGACAAGGCAGUAGACUAUGAGGAUCUGGAAAAUAAGACCAGCUCAAUACGAGCUCGGCACAAGAAAGAGGGCGACCUGGCAGAGAAGGCCAACAGGGACAACACAUCGGCCAUGCUCGAGCUCCGCGACAUCGAAGACGAACUCACCAUCCUCAUGACGCUGUUCAAGGAACAGAAGCAGUUCAUCGGAGAGAUGCGGAGGUACUACGAGACCGUCGCCAACAAGGACGACGUGAAGAACGGCCUCAAGUACCUCGACGAGGCGCUGCACCGGCUGGACGACUACAACACGCAGGCCGAGACGAUGAAGAGGCGCGUCCACGACACGCGCGAGGACUUUGAGAAGCUGCUGCAGAUGGUCCAGCGGCAGGCGCAGGUCGACGAGGUGCGCCUCUCGCGCCUGCAGGCGGACCUCACGAGCGCGCAGAGCCGCUCCGUCAUGAUCUUCACGACCUUCACCGUCAUCUUCCUGCCGCUGAGCUUCUUCACCAGCCUGUUCGGCAUGAACACGCGCGAGUGGGGCGGCGGCGACAACAUGUCCCUGCGGCUGAUCGGGUGGAUCUCGCUGCCGGCGUCGGUCUUCCUCAUCGCCUCGGCGCUCGUCGUCGCGUGGAGCACGCGCGUCCGGCACCUGUUCAAGUUCCUGUCGAGCACGUCGAAGAAGGCGAAGGAGAGGACCGGCCGGGCCGUGCGGGGCGGCAGGGAGAGGGUGCUCGACGUGAUGAAGCUGGGGGACAAGGUGCAGAAGCAUAGGGAGUCGAAACGGGAGAAGAAGCAGAGGAAGAUGGAGAAGGAGCGGCUCAAGGGUACUUUCACUCAUGACUUCUGGGAUAGGCACCGCAUGGAGCGCGAGAUGGAGUACCGCAUACCGGCGGUGAACCGAAAGAGCAUCAGCCAGAGGCGUGCAAAGGCGCGGGCACAGAUGCGGGAGUGA